AUGGCCACUGAGCCCUCCACCGACAACUCAGCUGAUGUGUUUGCCUCGACUGAACUGCAAUCUGCGCCCGACUCCCAACAUGGCGAAUUAGUCCCCCCAGCUGUAAACGGCGGCUCCCCACUCCCCGAAGACAUCGCAAACAAGCGCAUCUUGAGUGUCGAGGACCAGAUCAAUUCUGCCGACGUCAGUGUGAGUGGGGGGUCCGAUACCGAGGCGUCGCGCGCAAAGGAUGGCGACAAAGGACAGAGCCGCGCUGGGUCCUCAGCAAAGAAGCCAGCGACGUUCAAGGCCGUUUCUGUCAACAAGACAUUUUUAGCUUCCAAGGCGAAUCCCAGCGUCGCAACCAAGACAAACGACAAGCCAGCUGCGGGCUCGAGUACCCCGCCGACAGGCUCCGCCACCUUGUCUAUAUCACGACCACGUCUGGUUGCAAAGUCUGGUAGCGGUACUGGUGCCUCAUCUCCGCGGUUCUCAUCACUGGCGAAUGGCGGCAAGCCUGCUGCUGCACCCGAUCCGAAUGCUGUUUGGAAUAAGAAUAGGCCUGCUCCUCCCCCGGAGCCAAAGAAGUUUACAGACGAAGAGCUCAAGAAGUAUGGAAUUCAUAUGGCUAGUCGCCUGAACGAAGAAGAUACCCAAGGGCAAAAUAAGUGGGCAGAUAUCGAUGACGAUGACGAUGACUGGGCACCCGAAGCCAUCACCUGGGGAGAUGGCACCAAGACAACUCUUCCUCACCCUGACGAGACGGCGGCUCGAGCAGCAGAUCCUACGCCAGAUGUGAGCAAAAGCGUCGCCGAAGACAAGCCAUCUUCUCCAGCACCACCAGGGUUGGUUCUCAAGAGCGCUGCCCAGGAGAAGCCAGUUCUCGUAGCCAAGCCUCCAGCACCUCCUGCGCCUGCUAAAUCGCCAUGGGCUACCUUGCCGCCUGUUGCAAAAACAUCUCCUGGAGCUAUAGAGGCUGCAUAUCCACCUCGGGGCGCUCUAAGAGAGUCGUCUUUCGCCAGCCACAUGGGCCCUCCACCACACCGAGACAUGGCAGUAGAUGAUUAUUCACGCUCGACUUGGAGAGACAGAUCAUCCUAUGGAAACAAGGAGCUCUUCAACUCUCGGUCCGGACGAUACGAGCCAGUUACCGAUCGACGACCGUCAAUGCGAUCUGAUUCUCAGACCAGGUAUCCUGCCUUGUUACAGCGUGCACCUCCACAAGACCACCCAGCCGAGCCUUCUGCCGCGUUUCAAACUAGUCGUACAGCGCAGGAUGUGCCCUUUGGACGCCGUCGCGGCUCUUCCAAUGUCAGCGGCGGUAGUGGAUCAUAUUUGCAGCGGUUGAACAAGGGAAACGAUGGCUCUAUACCACCGCCACCGGAAUUUCUCAGUGCUCGGAGAGGUUCUCUAGCGGGUUCCGUCCUAGAGAGUCCAGUCUCUCCCGUGGCAGCGUCUGUGAUGAGUCAGGGACCGUCGAGACACCAGCCAUUGCCCUCUCCUGGAACAACCUAUGCCGCUCCUCAUCACGGACCCCCACAUGUUGAGCAUAAUGCACCACCUCCCUCCCACCAGCUUGAAGAUGACCUUGAAUUACAGAAGAAACUGAUGCGUGAAGGCAUCGAAUCAGCUAGGAAACGGAGGCAGGAGGAAGAGGCUCGGGAAGAGGCCGCACGCCGAGAGCGUAUACAAAAGAAACUGGAAGCGAUGGGUCCUCCCCCUGAAAAGAAGAGCGAGGCGAAAGAGGCACCCAAGGAUCACGCAGCGAAACCAACGCCGAACCAGCAACCGGCUCCGAGUGAGCAAAGAGAUACGCCCGCAGCAAAAGCAAAGUCGGAUCAAGCAGAUUCGGGUAAGGAUAACGCAGCCGCCGUACAGCAUAUUGAGAAGCCCGGGUUCAGCCACAAAGACGUUUCAUCACCAGCACACAUCGCCCCGCCGCCUGGGCCGACAGCUAGGCGACUAUCUCACAGUCAAGACUCGGUACCUGCCAGCAACUGGGGCAACCGGCCAGACCGAUUCUCGUCAUGGGUUGCUGGCACGCCACGGAAUGUGUGGAGCUCCCCAGACAACGACAGCGGACUUGGAAAUGGCACAUUCAAUCCUCACCUUGGACGUGCAUCUGGCGCACCCGCCCAGCCGACUUCAACGAAUAAUGCCCCUGCCCCCAUAGCCCCUCCAACUUCAGUUCAAUCUUCUCACAACCGAAACCAAGUACCCGCGCCCAUUGGUUCGCGUGCUACAAGAUAUGGAAACCUGGGAACAGAGCUUGCCAGUAAAUGGGUGACAGCUGUGGCUGAAAACGACAAGAGGAUGAGUGCAGAGAAGUUGGGCGAACGAACAGCUCGUGAACGCCAGCUAGCCGAGCGUGGAGUCUCUGUCGAGGAUGCCCAGCCAGUUAUCAAAGAUACAUGGCGACCUGUUCACAUCCCUGGCGAUGGCACCAGGCGUGCCGUAAGCUCCAGUGAAGUUCAGUCGAAUAUCACGGACGAUUCUAUUGCGGGUGGCCAACCCGCAGUUCUUGGAAAUGGGCCGGGCAGUUCUGUCCUGCCUCCUAAUGGCCCGACCACAACACCUCAGUCGCGACCUUCUCGGUUCUUCCCUGCUCGAGAUGUUCGCACUGAGACAGGCAUGGUUGAGCCUAUUCGCCCAUCUUCACCAUCUCCUCCCCCGCCAACUAUGGAAGGCCACCCGGUAUACGAGGGAGAUAUUUCACGUCCACAUGUGUCAUUACCGAAGCCGCAGCCAGUAGUCAAGCUACCUCCUUCUAUGGUUGCUGCUCAAGCACUACAAGCUAAGGCGAGCAACCCGUGGGCCAACCGGGCUGCGGGAAGAGAGAUAUCACGCGCCCCCAUCCCUCAUACUUACUCUGCACGACGUGUUUCUGAGACGUCGCAGGGAAAUUGGCAGGAUAAAAUCAAUACUCUUCUCAAUGGUGGAAAAGCGUCUCCGCCGAAACAUAUGGGAAUAGAUCCUGCUAGUCGGAGUGCAUUGGAUCAUACCACCAACCAGCACUCUACAACGGUAUCUCUGCCUGUUGUAACGGUGCAACACCCCACAAUCGUAUCCAUGCCUAUUACGAUAGAACCACACUCAGCGGACGGCUCUUUGACGCUGACUUCCAAGCCUAUAUCGGAGGAAUGCUUUGAAGAACAGGAAAUGGGCUCUCUGCCACGGAUUAGGCUUCCGCACAAGGCACCAGAAGCAGCAUGGCAGCCCGCAGCAGUAAUAAAGCCAAUGCCCAAGAGGUUCUUCGUACAACCAUCUUUCGUGGAACCAUACUAUUUCGCAGCAGAGGUUGUUGGCGGCGCAAAUGCCGUGAGAAUUCACUUUCCAGGGAUGAGUGAGCCUAGGGUGGCCACCAUCCCACUUUCUGCGGCGAGAGGCGGGCGAGGGACUCAUAGGCCGUCGUCACGACACCGUGGUGGUGGUCACGGACCUCGGGAAGGCGGAAGAGGUGGUGGUAGUGGCAAUGGCAGCAGCAAAAGGGAGUUUUCUAACAGCUACGGAGAUGCUGCUAGCCAAAGCAGCACUGGCCGUGGCAGCCGGGGCGGAUAUCGUGGUCGCGGAUCUGAUAGAUCUGACAACUGGAGUCGGUUUUCGCAGCCCCGUGAGCAAGGUUCAUCUGCUUAG